GUCGGUCUCUGAAGCCAUGAUGAAGUCCCGAAAACUCUUCCAGCCACGACCACAUCGCUUCAAUGUUGUUCAUGUGCAGUCCGGUUGUUGAGUGCACAAAAUGCUACUUUCGGAUAACGACACGAUACACAUAACAAAGCUUAUGUAGGAGUCUGUACGCUCUCCAAACAUCCGUAUAUAUUGUAGUACCUGGCUGCAACCAGUGUUACUGAUGCUUUUAUUAUCCAGUUCGCAAUAAUUGUCGUAAUUUACCUCAGUUAGGAAUUAUAUAUGGGGGUUUUCAUCACGAACUGACAUCAGCUAUAAUGCCAGAAAUUUAUUUAGCCAAAUGGAUGAAAGGCUUUCACGUUAAAAACCUAGAUCUAUUAUCUUAUACCUGAUUGAUUCAUCCACAAAUUAUAGUCUCGCCAUUUUAUUUGUUAUAGCCGCUCAAUUACAAAAUUCCCUAUGAACCGAUCGUACAUUAGCAUUAAACACUGAAGUUGGCGCUAUAACCUUGAAAUCUCUCGGACGUUUCUGAUUGGCUCGUCAUUGAUUCAAUUCUGUACUGUUUUUGUUUUGUUUUAUUUUAUUCACUUCUAGAUAUGUUGGCUAUUUUUCUGGUUUAUUAACUGGUGCAUUAAUUUUACAAGAUCGUUUAGUUUAUUUACAUACAAUUGUAUAUCGUGAUUCAUCAAGAGGACGUUAUCUUGGACAAUCAUUAGAUGCAAUUAUAGAAAAUAAUGAAAAUUCAUUAUAUGCAAAACCAGAUGAAAUUAUCACUAAUCAAAUACAAUCAAUUAAUCAUAAACAUAAUGAUCAAAAUGAUCAAUAUAAUAUCAAACAAACAUUAUUAUCAUUCAAUCAAAAUGAUUUAUUGAUUAAUGAUCAUUUAAAUGAAAUCAAUAAUGAUGACGAGGAUAAUGAUAAUGAUGAUAUUGAUCAUAUUAAAAGAUGGGAUCAAAUAUUUUCUAGUCCAAUUGAUUUAUUGAAAACAACAAUGAUUACACAACAACAACAUCACCACCCCCAACAACAACAACAACACCACCACCAUCAACAAACUGAUCAAACGACCUUUAGUGAAUUACCAUCAUUGAAACAUUUUCAAACAUUUGUUGAUAAGGAAUGUGGUCUUUUUUUAAAAAUUUAUCAAAAUUUAAAUUUAAUGCAUACUACAAGAGUUCUAUGCCCAAAUGUGAAUUUUCGAGUGGAACGAUAUAUUUUUCCAAUUGAACCAGUGUUACCAUUGCAUGGUGAUGUUUUAAUCGCUUGUUACAUACAACCAAACUUUUCAACACAACUUCAAGAAUGUUUAUUUCGAGCUCAAUUUCAUACAUGUGCAGUGGAUGCUGAAAAACUAUCUUUUUUCAAAGUGGAUUUAGACGAGGCAUGUGAGAAGACAAUUUUUCCAUCAACUGGUUGUGUUGAAUUAUAUUUCACAUCACAUCGUGAACUUAUUACAGAGCAUACGGAUAAUAUAGAACGUGGUUGUUAUAUAUGGACAACAGCUGAACGUGAAUCGAAUAUCUUAACAACAAGAAAACAAUUACAUGGAUUAAAUUGUGAUCCAUUUCAACAUCGUGUUCAUAAUAAUGAUGACGAUGAUGAUCAUGAUGAUGAUCAUGAUGAAUUCGUUACUACUAUUCAUGAUAGACAAACAAAUAAAAUUUUUCCUAAAUUACAUAAUUCAUCUAGACAAGCAUUACGUAUAUUGAUUACAACACAAGAACAAUUGAUUAGUGUAGCUGGUGGAUUAUUUACACAAAGUAUUAGUGAUUCACAAGCUCCAAUGUGGUCUGUUAAUCAUAAUCAAGAAAUAACUGAUUCAUCAAAACCCAAUCGAUUGAACUUAAUGCGACAAACAUCUGAUCCACUAAGUCAUCCAGUAAUACGUGGUCGUAGUCCACAAAGUUCUAGUCAAUGGAUAAAUAUUCAAGAUGCUUCACAUACUACAAAUCAAAUACCUUUAUAUCAACAAGCAUUACUUAGUCCUCGAGUAAAAGUUCCACAAAAUAAUAAUUUACUAACUAAAGGUUUAAUUCAAUCAGAUUAUACUGCAAACAUGUACUCUGAUAUACCACAAUAUCAACAACAAACUCAACUUACACAUAAUCAAUCGUCAAGUGGGCAAAUUUCAAUGAAUCGAUCAAAUUUGGCACAAUUACAAAGUUUAUAUCAACAAUUACUUCAACAGCAUCAACAACUUUUACAACAACAACAACGUCAACAACUCCAUCCACAACAACAACAACAAACUUUGGAUUAUACAGCUGGUCAACAGAUAGAUAGUAGUUUUUAUGCAACUGUUCAACGUCCAUCCGCUACUAUUCCUAGUUCAUUGGUUGCAAGUUUACAACGUGUAAUUUUACAGCAACAACAACAACAACACCAAACUCCAAUGCAACAACAAUUACAGAUUCCUCAGACACAACCGUCAAUCAUCCCCACUGUCACACCAGCUAUACAACCCUUAACAACACUUAGUCUUUCUGGUUUAUCUACAUCAACUGCUUUCAAUAAUCUUGCACGAGCUUUACUUCCUACAUCAGUUGCUUAUAAUACUGGAGAAUCAUUGACUGCACCACCAUCAUUGUCUGGUGCUCCACCUCCAACACUAUUUCAUAGUCCUAAUUUAAUGCCGAAUUCUAAUCCACUUCUUUCAAAUUUAAGACCACCAAUGUUUCCCCAACAACAACAACAGCACUUGUUACAGAAUUUUCAAAUUCCUUCAGCUAUGGAACCAUCUUAUCUUUCAUCACAAAAUAGAUUAGCUGGUCCAUCAAAUAUGGGAUUAAUUGGUGAUAUUGCACAAACUGAUUUAUUGAAUGAUCCAUCUUGGCAAGCUGAACAAAGACGAAGAAUUGAUCUACAAAGAACACGUUCAUUGUUGAAUGAACAAGAAAGGAAAUUAUUUGAAGAAUUGAAAAAUAUUCGUAAUCGACGAGCUGGUCUUUCAAAAUUAGAACAAUUUGGACGUUCUACGACUGGUAGUGGUGGCAGUGCUGUUGGUACUUCUGGAUUAACACCUCUAGAAAGUUAUCGUCGAGUUACUAAACGUAUAUCAACUAGUGAAGAUGCACGUCUUAGAAAUCGUAAUAGGCCUUUAUAUGCAAUUGGUCGGUCUGGGUCAGCUGAUACAGCAAGAGUACCACUUGGCAGUGGUGGUCAUUAUCCGUAUGGUGAUGCUUAUGGAUCAGAUCUUGAUGAAGAUUCAGCUCUAUUGGCUAUUUUAGAACAAAGAUUAUCUAGAAAACCGGAAAGUCGAAGAAUCUACUCGGAUUCUGAGAUGGGAUUACAAGAUGCAGGUGAUAUUCCAUUACGUAUUGUUGGACAACAACAACGUUCUGGUCAUGUGGUUGACGGGUCUAGUCAAGCUUUCACUGGUCCCACUAUACCAGGUGAACAAAAUGAAGACUCGGACUUAUUUCCAAGACGGCCAAGGAUACAAGUUGUACAUUCUCCUGUUGAAGCAUCCAAUCAAAUAACGAGUGGACUAACUAGAGGCAGAGCAUUUUCUGGAUCUCCGACAAUUUAUCAAACUCAAGGACCAUAUACAAAAUCAAGAUUAACUUAUAUGUCCCCUGCUAAAAGAUCACAUUUCUGGGGACAUUCAAGUUAUGACGAGCAAUGGUCGAGACAACCCGUCGCCGAUGGACCUACAAUUGAUCGAUCCUCGUGUACUAGUCCAGUACAAACACAUUCUGGUCGUUUACUUCGAUCACCAGUUAGUCCACCAUCUAGAGGAUAUAUUCGACGUCCAUCAGAAAUGAUUGAUGGAGGUAGUCAAUCGGAUACAGCGAUUAUGGCUGGUUUUAGUAGUCGGGUAUGUUAUCCCGGUACUUCAUAUUCUGCACAUGAUCAACCUGUUAGACGACCAUAUAGAGCAAUGCGUGGUAAAACCUCUGAAACUACGAAAAGAAAUAGACCUACACAAGUCCCAGUAUAUCGAAGUCCAGAAGAUCACAAACCGCCAAGACAAAAACAACCAAUUUCAAGUGGUUUAGAACAUAUACCGGAUAAUGCUUUAGUUGUGUUGAGCAGAAUAUCAGCAUCCACUCAUAUAUGGUAUCGUCCUGAAAUGUCACGGAAUGACGCAAUGGACUUAAUCAGAUCAGAAGCUCCUGGAACAUUUGUAGUUCGUAAUAGUGGAAGCUUUCCACAUUCAUUUGGACUGGUAGUUAAAGUCCACAGACAUCAUACUCAUGGUGAAGAAUUCGAUUCUAUACGACAUUAUUUAAUUGAAGGUUUACAAUCUACAACAUCAUCUGUAUAUCAUGCAAUUGGUGUAUCUGGUACAUUAUUACCUCCAUCUAAUAUUCCAAUGGAUUCAUCAGCUUUAAGUGUAAUCCAUGAACCUGUUCGACUUCGUGGAUCUUCAAAUGAACCAAUAUUUACUAAUUUAGUUAGUUUAUUAUAUGAACAUACAAUUCAACCAUUAGCAUUACCUUGUAUAUUAAGAUUACCUUUUAAAUUACCUACUUCAAUCAAUAGUCUUCCUUCAUUAAUAGUAUUAACAAGAAAUUCACAGUCUGAUCAUAUAUCACCAACUUCAAUAGUACCAAAAUAUUCUUCACAAGUUGGAUCCUAUCAUACAGGCUGUGAAAGUCCUCAUGACUUUCAUAGAACGGACAGAUCCCAAGGAGUUUCAGUACGACAUCCUACAGAAUCUCUACCUAAUGACUUAGGUUCAUAUGAAAUGGAAUCAUCAUAUAAUCCAAUACAACAACACCAACAAUCAGGAACACAUCCCUCACAACCGAGUAUGCAUCAUGCAACUAGACAAGAUUCUUUUCUUACACCAUUUAGCAGUUCCAAGUCUAGAUCGAAUAGAUCUCCUCCUGCUGUAUAUGAAGGUGAACUAGGACCGAUAGGUCCUCCAGAUUCAGGAAGAACAUUUACAUCGAUCUAUUUAGGAAGUAUUGACACUGAGAAUCUUACAGGUUCUUCAGCAAUUCGUAAAGCAGUUGAUGUCCUUUUGGAAAAUGCAGCUCAGGUUAGACAAACAGAAGUAACAAUACGUGUUUCACAAGAUGGAUUAACAGUUACAGAUAAUUGGAGAAAAUUGUUUUUUCGACGGAAUUAUCCAUUUCAUUCUGUAUCAUUUUGUGCAAUUGAUCCUUGUCAAAGAUGUUGGGAAUCACCUGAACUCAGAUCAAUGGGCUUCAAAUCUUCAUUAAUUUUUGGUUUUGUUGCUAGAAAACAAAAUACAAGAGAAAAUAUGUGUCAUGUAUUAUGUGAUACACCAGAAUGUAAUGCAAAUAUAAUUACAGAUUAUAUUAUGCAUCGAUUAAAUGAAUAUUAAAAAUUAAAAAAAAAAACUUAUUGAUUUAUUAUUAGUAGUAAUAUUAUGUAAUCAAAUCCAUAUUUCCAACUUGACUACUAAUGUACAUAUAUAUAUAUAUAUACAUAUGUGUAUACCAUUUACUAUAUAUUUAUUAUCCCUUAAUUUAUGAGUGCCCAGGAUAAGGUUGGAUGAAGGGUGUUAUUGGGUGGAGGUCGAUGCUCCUCCACGAGAAGUAACAAGCGUAAGGAAGGAAGGAAGUAAUGUAUGGGCAUCAUCAUCAUCAUCAUAAUAUUACCAUUAUCAGUGAAGACUUUCUUCUUUAUUUUCAAUCAAAAAAACAUUCCUAUCAGUAACAAGAGAGAGAGAGAGAAAAAAAACACCAAAAAAUACAGAACAAAACUGUAUACAUCCUGAUUAAAGAUUUUUUUCUAUUGUAGGUCAAUUGUAAAUUGUUCUUUCUUUUUCUUUCUUUGUUUUUCUCUUUUUUUCAUUUUUCUUUUUUGUUUCCCUUUUUCUAAAGAGAAUAAAUCAUUCUUGUUUAUACAUGUCAUUGUUUCCUUUUGUUGUUAAUGUGAUUGUUGAGUCUUCCAUUUAAUAAUUUCUUUCUUUUUUUUUUACAAAAAAAGUUAUAUUUAUUAAGUGAGUAACCACGCACACACACACACACUAAAGAAAAAGACAAAAAUAAAAUCCAGAUCAUAUGUAUAUAUGAAUGAAUGAAAUAGAUCUACAUGAUAGAAGAAAGAAACAGAGGUAAACUAGAAUUCAUUAUUACACUACCACUACUACUACGUCAUCAAUACAAUUAAUAUUAUUGAUUAUUAAUUAUUUAUAUAUGAUCUAUUCAUAUACAUUUGCAUUUAUUAUUGAUUAAUUGAUGGAUAAAUGAAUAGAUUAGUUACUAUGUGACAACAUAAAUGUGUAUGGAUAUUUAUCAUUCUGUUGAUGACACAUUUUUUUUAUAUUUUGUGUAUGCCAAUAGGUUCUUUAUUAUUAUCAUCAUUAUUAUCCAAUCAGAAUAAAGAUAUACAUUAAUAUAUCUAUGUGCGCGUGUGUGUGUUCAUGUGUAUGUAAUACUUACAUGUAUGUAUGUAUGUAUUUGACGUGUGCAUUUGUAAAUGAGUUCAAAAAAUAUAUCCAAUCAGAAUAAAGAAAUACAUAUGUGUGUAUAUAUAUGUAUAUAACUACAUGUAUGUAUGUAUGUAUGUAUGUAUGUAUGUAUGUAUGUAUGUGUAACUGAGUAUAUAUAUAUGCAUAUACAGUAAUAUUAUUAUACCAAACAUGUUACAAUGUAUUGUAUGAUAUAAAGUAGAAUACCAUAGUGAUAUAUAGUUUGGCCUGUUUUUUGUUUGUUUGUUUCUUUUUUUUCUCUAUUUCUGUUCUUUUUUUUUCAAUUCAAUAAGUAAUUGUACUAAUUUCCAACUGUGAUAACAGUACUUUCCAGUACUUUUAAAUAGAAUCACUUCUCUCUCCCUCCCUCUCUCUCUCUCGCUCUCGCUCGCUAUAUAUAUACAUAGAUACUUCAAUCUCUAUAAUAUUGAACAGAUAAAAGAAAAAAAAAUUUUUCUUUUUCUUUUUGUUUGUUUGUUUCUUUAUUCAUUUUCACAAAUAUCUCCAUUAUAGAUUUAUUUCAUGUAACUAAACUAAACUGAACUGAACUGAAGUAAAUUCAAUGGAUGAUAGAUAGAUAUUUAAUAGGCAUAGCAACUAUGUAUGUACCAGGUUACAUAAUAUAAAUAAGCAUUAAAUUGAACAGAAAUCACAUCAUUAUUAUUUUUCAAUCAAUAAAUUGUAACUUUGAUUACAUUCAAUACUCUUCAUUAUUAUUACUUAUAUACAAAUGGAUAUAUUUGUAAUGGAACACAUUGAAGUUGUUGACUUAUUACUAAAAUGUAUUGCAAUAUAUAUAUAUAGAUAUAGAUAUUGAAUCCAAGAUACUAAGCCGUCUAUCUAUCUAUCUAAUCAAUCUAUCUAAUCUAUAGUUCAAUAUUGAAGAUGGAUUUCACAUUGUUGUCUUCUUCUACUUUUAUUUUAUAUCUUUUUCAUUUCUUUAUCAAAAAAAGAAGUGAUUUAUAGCUUAGUUUAUACGCACAAUUGAAUUGAUUUUAUCUAGCGCUUUUUCAAAUUCAUAUACUUUGUAUGUUGAAGGUAACCAAUUAUAUAUAUAAUCCUAUUAUAUAUAUAUAUAUAUCAAUAUAUGAAUAUAAAUAUACAAAAAUGAAACAUUUAGACUUAUGUUUAUGAUCAACAUGUUUAGUGGUAUGUGUAUUUUGACGUCAAUCUUAUUGUCCAUGGGAUUAUCAUUUUAGUAGGCCUGGGAUUGAAUUCCAACUAGAUUAUUGGGGCCCUUUUAUUUGCCGUCAUUCAGAUCAGACAAUGUUCGUUGAAGAGCUCACCAUUUUAGUGGCCUGUGGAUCUGACUCCUAUUUAGAUAGUAUAAAUGAUUGGGCGAGACUCUAAUUUAAGGACGACCUUUGAACGAAUCUUAAGUGACCUUGACAAUUAUUAGCCAAUCAGAAGACAG